CGCUUCAUCGCUUCUAAUCCACCGCCAGACUAUACAAUAUAGUGGAAAAACCUCUCCCUCCAUGCCCUCACGCAGCCCCUAAGCUCAAAGCACACUCUGGACGCCGCUCUGUAUCUCGUUCACUGUUCUCACAUCUCACUACAUAAAUAUUUUGUGGGUCCAUGGACGAGAGUUUAUAUGAUGAGUUUGGUAACUACAUUGGACCAGAAAUCGAGUCUGACCAGGAGAGUGAUAGGGAGGAGGAAGAUGAGGAACUUGAGGAAAGAGCUGAUGAUGCGAGGCCCAUGUCUGAUGAUGAGCACACUCCUGGGAAACCGAAUGGUUGGCUGACAACUACUGAUGAUGUUGAUAUGGAUAAUCAAAUCGUCCUCGCUGAGGACAAGAAGUACUACCCAACUGCUGAGGAGGUUUAUGGUGAGGAAGUUGAGACGUUAGUCAUGGAUGAAGAUGAGCAGCCGUUGGAGCAACCCAUCAUUAAACCUGUCAAGAAUCUAAAGUUUGAGUUAGGGGUUAAGGACUCAUCAACCUAUGUAUCAACACAGUUCCUUUUGGGUCUCAUGUCAAAUCCAACACUGGUUCGAAAUGUUGCUUUGGUGGGCCACUUACAUCAUGGAAAGACAGUAUUUAUGGACAUGUUGGUGGAGCAGACACAUCAUAUUUCGACUUUUGAUCAGGAUAGUGAGAAGCAUAUGCGGUACACGGAUACAAGGAUAGAUGAGCAGGAGAGGAAGAUAUCUAUUAAGGCAGUUCCUAUGUCGCUCGUUCUCGAGGAUAGUUGUUCAAAAUCUUACCUUUGCAACAUCAUGGAUACUCCUGGUCAUGUUAACUUUUCAGAUGAAAUGACUGCUGCUCUUAGGCUUGCUGAUGGUGCAGUGUUAAUUGUGGAUGCUGCAGAAGGAGUAAUGGUAAACACAGAGAGGGCUAUUCGCCAUGCAAUUCAAGAGCGCCUUCCAAUAGUUGUUGUGAUUAACAAGGUUGACAGGUUGAUAACUGAACUGAAAUUGCCCCCAAAGGAUGCUUACCAUAAGAUAAGGCACACUAUCGAAGUUAUCAAUAACCACAUAACUGCUUCCUCUUCAACUGCUGGAAAGGUCCAAGUUGUUGAUCCAGUUCUUGGAAAUGUUUGUUUUGCGAGUGCCAGUGCAGGAUGGUCUUUCACACUGCAGUCAUUUGCGAAACUAUAUGUCAAACUCCAUGGCAUUCCUUUUGAUGCUAAUAAGUUUGCUUCUCGUCUUUGGGGUGAUUAUUACUUUGAUCCUGAUACCAGAAGUUUCAAGAAGAAACCACCUGCAACUGGAGUAGAAAGAUCUUUUGUCCAGUUUGUGCUCGAACCUCUUUAUAAAAUCUACAGCCAAGUGAUUGGAGAACAUAAGAAGAGUGUGGAGGCAACUCUUUCAGAACUUGGAGUGACUCUCAGCAAUGCAGCUUAUCGGUUAAAUGUUAGGCCUCUGCUUAGGUUGGCAUGUAGUUCAGUUUUUGGGACUGCCACAGGUUUCACUGACAUGCUAGUUCAACACAUUCCAUCUGCUAAAGCAGCAGCAGCACGGAAGAUUGAGCAUAUAUAUACUGGGCCUAAGGAUUCCACAAUUUACCAGGCUAUGGAAGAUUGUGAUCCUUCUGGUCCUCUAAUGGUUAACGUGACCAAACUGUAUCCUAAAUCUGAUUGCAGUGUUUUUGAUGCUUUUGGUAGGGUGUACAGUGGUGAAAUUAUGACAGGUCAGACUGUAAAGGUUUUGGGAGAAGGCUAUUCUCCAGAUGAUGAGGAGGACAUGACCAUGAAAGAAGUUACAAAACUAUGGGUUUAUCAAGCUCGUUAUAGGAUACCUGUAAGCAGAGCCCCUCCUGGUUCUUGGGUUCUCAUUGAAGGUGUAGAUGCUUCAAUUAUGAAAACAGCUACACUUUGUAAUAUGGAGUAUGAUGAGGAUGUGUACAUAUUCCGACCCCUUCAAUUCAACACUCUCCCUGUGGUGAAAACAGCUACCGAGCCUUUAAAUCCAAGUGAGUUGCCAAAAAUGGUGGAGGGUCUUAGGAAGAUCAGUAAGAGCUAUCCUUUAGCAAUUACAAAGGUCGAAGAAUCAGGAGAGCAUACCAUUUUAGGUACUGGAGAACUGUACCUGGAUUCCAUAAUGAAGGAUCUUAGGGAGCUUUACUCAGAAGUAGAAGUAAAGGUUGCAGACCCUGUUGUAUCAUUCUGUGAAACGGUGGUUGAGUCCUCUUCUAUGAAAUGUUUUGCUGAAACGCCUAACAAGAAGAAUAAGAUUACCAUGAUUGCUGAGCCACUGGAGAGAGGACUCGCUGAAGACAUUGAGAAUGGUGUGGUAAGCAUUGACUGGCCUCGGAAAAAACUUGGGGACUUUUUCCAGACAAAAUAUGACUGGGAUCUGCUUGCUGCAAGGUCCAUUUGGGCAUUUGGGCCCGAUAAGCAGGGACCUAAUAUUCUAUUAGAUGACACUCUCUCAAGCGAAGUUGAUAAGAGCUUGCUGAAUGCCGUCAAAGAUUCAAUUGUUCAGGGAUUCCAGUGGGGAGCUCGAGAAGGACCUCUCUGUGAUGAGCCAAUUAGAAAUGUAAAGUUCAAAAUAGUCGAUGCAAAGAUUGCACCUGAGCCAUUGAAUCGUGGAACUGGGCAGAUCAUUCCAACAGCCCGCCGUGUGGCUUAUUCAGCUUUUCUCAUGGCAACUCCUCGGCUGAUGGAACCAGUGUACUAUGUUGAGAUUCAAACACCAAUAGAUUGUGUCUCUGCCAUAUACACAGUCUUAUCACGCAGGCGUGGGCAUGUAACUGCAGAUGUUCCACAACCAGGGACCCCGGCCUACAUUGUUAAGGCCUUUUUACCAGUCAUUGAAUCAUUUGGUUUUGAGACAGACCUGAGGUAUCAUACCCAGGGCCAGGCAUUUUGUCUCUCUGUAUUUGAUCACUGGGCAAUUGUCCCUGGAGAUCCCCUCGAUAAGAGCAUUGUAUUACGACCACUGGAGCCAGCACCAAUCCAACAUUUGGCUCGAGAAUUUAUGGUCAAGACAAGGCGUCGUAAGGGUAUGUCUGAAGACGUAAGUAUUAACAAAUUCUUCGAUGAGGCUAUGGUGGUAGAAUUAGCCCAACAAGCUGCUGAUCUGCACCAGCAGAUGCUGUAGUAGAGAAGGUAGUCCCAGAUAGCCGAGAAUAACAUUCGAAGACUUGCACGCCUGUUUUUGUAUUUUAAGGAUUGUCUCUAUUUAGUCACUGAAUGGAAUUAUAUGAUCAAUGCUUUCUGUCGAGUUUCAAAUGCUUAUAAAGCAGGUAGAGAACAGGUGACACUUGAUUGGGGUCAUGCCAAGCUAGUGUGAAGAAUCCAAAUUUACAAUUAACUUUUUGGUCUGCUAUAAUAUCACAUAUUAUUUUUAAA